UCACUGGAAGGCAUCUUGUGCACACCAAAUUCACAGCCUUCGCUUCUACUCAACUAGAUGGCCUUUUCCUUUCUUCGUAGACUGUGACUGUGUCAUGAGCACUUUAGAGAGGUGAAGGGACAGGGAUGGAGCUGGUACCAUGGUGGGCACUGCUACGUGACCGUGUACGUGCCCUGAAAUAGACUGGCCGCUCCAGUGGAAUCUUGCAGCACCUCUCCACCAUUCUCUCCACAUCCUCUGCAUUGUGAGCGGACAGCUCUCCGAUUUCCCCGUCACAUGGAGGGUCAGAUAUGCCCCUUCAACCAGAGAGCGGUCAGCCACAGGAGGAGGAGCUCUCACCUCUCUGUCACCAUGGACACCCACUGGUGAUUGGACACUCCUAGCCCAGUGACAUGUUGAGUUACUGCUCGUCUCCUCAACCUGACCAUAUAAUCCCAGGUAACUUCACAUCAGCUUUUCUUCCCCCUGUGGAUUUGGAGGGGAACAUCUAAGUAUACUGUACAGUUUCUAAUGGCAAUGUGAGGAGUCACACUGCAUAUUGUUUUUCUUUUGUGACUUUUUUUUUUGGUGAGGUGUUUUUCUGCUUACGCCAUUGGGAUCAUUUUGGACAUGUCUGGAGUUUUUACGGUGUGUGUGGGGAAGUGUACUGAUUGAGGGUUUUUCCAUCACAGUGCUGAUACAUCUGAUUAGCAAACUUAGGACUUGAACUGGAGAGUCUUUGUUGUACACGUUUGGAAAAAAACGUCCUGUUCCAUUCUGCUUUUAUCUUACCAAGAAGUCUUAUCUUGUUCAGAUGAGGAUGGGAGGAGAGCGGGAGGAUGCCUAGGAAAAUGAGGGGGAAGGUUGGAGUGGAAAAAAAACAGAACGAACGCUUCAAGACAGGAAGAAAAGAAACACCCCGAUCAGAUACCCACGAGGACAUGGAACUCUGCAUCGGUCGGAAGAGAAGAUCCUUCGAAAGUCAUUAGAUUCUUUGCUUAUGCACAGAACAGCAGGGAGAGUGUGGUGGCCCGAGAGUGACAAAAAGAACAGAAGCAGAGGUGAAAGUGAAGUGACCAUGCCGGAGAGCAAACCUGUGGUGUAUCGGACAAGCAGUUACCUCUCACACUCUACUUACAGGAAGAUCAAAAGAGUGUUGAGUUUCCGAAGGCGAGUGUUUGGCCAGCGUUUGGAGGAGACUGUGCUGUAUGAGCGUCGCUAUGGGGUUCACAUGGCUCCUCUGGUGGUGGAGCAGUGUGUGGACUUCAUCCGCGAGCGCGGGCUCACAGAGGUGGGUCUGUUCCGUCAGCCGGGCCAGGCCACGCUGGUGAAAGAGCUGCAGGAGGCCUUCGACGCAGGAGAGAAACCCUCCUUUGACAGCAGUACUGAUGUGCACACAGUGGCAUCUCUGUUGAAGCUUUACCUGAGGGAACUUCCAGAACCUUUAGUACCAUUCUCUCGCUACCCAGACUUCCUCAUCUGUGGCAAGAGAAUCCCAGCAGACAGGAAGCAGGGAUUGCUGGAGCUGAGAAGUCUGCUUCAUGAACUUCCUGUGGCUAACUUCAACCUGCUGAACUACAUCUGCCAGUUUUUAAACGAAGUUCAGACUUACUCCAGCAGCAACAAAAUGAACAUCGAGAAUCUGGCAACUGUUUUUGGGCCCAACAUUUUACGGCCAAAAGCAGAGGAUCCUGAAAGCAUUAUUGGAGGGACCGCUGCCAUCCAGCACCUGAUGUCUGACCUCAUUCGCGAGCACAGCCUGCUCUUCUCCAAAGAUGGGGACACAGACACUCCCAGGAUUUCCAGACCUGCUCCCCUGACCGGUCACCGCCACAGUAACCACGCGGAGUGGGCCCACACUGAGCUGGACGUCCAGGAGUGUGACUCCCACCUGGGCAUGGCCGCUGACUGCCUCCCCUCCCCCCACCUGGCCUCCACACCCUGCUCACGGCAGCUGUCCCUCCCGCUGACGGCUGAGAGGCGAGGGUCCUCACACAGUCCCAGGGAGAGGCGGAAGUCCCCUCUUGUGACGGAGACAGCGAGUCAGCUGUCUGCUGCCGCGGCCAUAGGUUCCAGUCCUGCCGAGCCACAGAGCUACAGUCCUGCGCCGUCAAAGUGCCAUUCCCCAGACUCAGGACUCAUCCCUCUCCCCGCCAGUCCAUCCUCGCCUGCCUCCUCUCAGACGGCCGUGCUGGAGGGUCCUUCGCAGCCCGCGGACUGGUCCGGCAUUGAGGAGCCGCGGUGGACGGCGGAGAAAGAUCUGGGGGGGAACAGCGGCAGCAGCGAUGCGCAGGACAGCACCCUGUCUGUCUAUGACAAUAUGGACACCAUGACUGACCUUGUGGUAGAUGAAGCGGCAGACACGGGUAGCGGCGUUGGCAUGGCCGAGGUGGAGGGGGCCACCAGCGUGGCAGGCAGCGGCAGCACGUGGUCGUCCUGCGAGGCCCUGCUUCAGGACGGAACCCGGAGCGGGAGUGGAGGUCCUUCCAGCCCGUGCCAAGCCUCCGUCAGCUUCCCGUCUUUGUUCAGGGUGGACCGUGAAGAUGGGGAUGCCCACCAUAACUCGCUUGCCUCAUCCUCUGCCCCCACCGACGCUCCGCUGAGCACGGGGAGUAGCGAGGUCUUCCUGCCCUCAGCACCUCCAGACCCCCACAUGCCCACUGCCACCCAUGCCAUGCACUGCCUUCUGGCUGGACUGAGGCAGCAAAUGGCCAGGCAGAAAGCAGAGUAUGAAGCCAGGAUCCAGAGGUUAGAACGAAAGAACGAGACGCUGCAGGCUGAGGUGGCGGGGCUCCGAUCAAGCCUCGAGCAGCAGCGCCAGUGGUUCAGCGUGGCCGAAAUCAAGAUGCGCAACGUGGAACGCGCCCGACUCGACGCCGACCGACGGAAUACCGCCCUCCAAAAGGAGAUGGAACAAUUUUUUGAUACUUUUGGAGAUCUCAACGCUGAGGCAAAGAAAACAGAGCGUAUUAUACAGAGCUUCUAAUCUUUGACUACAAACUGCUUUUACUGACCCAAUCAAUAACUCAAACACAGUCCAAUGUGUUAGCCUGCACCUUCAAGUGCUUCCUUUCAUAAUCCUGAAACCAGCGAAAUUUCAACUCACUUUAUGAUGGCCUGCCACGGAUACCGUAAAGGCCUACCCGCCUGCUGUCUUGGGCGGGACCGCCAAAGUUAAGCGGAAUACAGACCGGGAUCUGAUGCCUUUUGAUUGGUGAAUGAUUCUUAUGGUGUAUAGGAUGAUGAUGCAUGGAUUGGAUUACUGGAUCAUUGGACUGUCUCGCUACGGAUACAGAUAGGAAAGCACCUAGACCUGCUUGAAAUGACUCGCCUGUGGUUGGCAACACAUUUCAUAACAAUGUUUUGGCUGUUGAAGCUAAACUUCUACAAGAGUGCUUGAUAAACAUACAGAUGUAAAUACGUUUUUCUGCACUCAUGUAACUGCCACUCAUUUAAAACACUAAUAAAACACAAAGUCACCAAAAUA